CCGAUUGGUGGCCGAAACUGUCCGAUUCACCGUCAUCUUUCGAUCAUUGACAGUCUCUAGACGAGAUAAUUUUUCGCUCAAUUUUCCGUCGUUUCCGUGCCGAAUUUACGCUCUCAGUGACUAAAAAUGGCUCUCAGCGAUGCAGAUGUUCAGAAGCAGAUCAAACACAUGAUGGCCUUCAUCGAGCAGGAGGCCAAUGAGAAGGCGGAGGAAAUCGAUGCAAAGGCCGAGGAAGAAUUCAACAUUGAAAAGGGUCGUCUGGUCCAGCAGAGUCGCCUCAAAGUUAUGGAGUAUUAUGAGAGGAAGGAGAAGCAGGUUGAGCUCCAGAAGAAAAUCCAAUCUUCAAACAUGCUCAACCAGGCCCGUCUGAAGGCUCUGAAGGUACGAGAGGAUCAUGUGGAGAGUGUCUUGGAAGACGCACGGCAACAACUUGGCAACAUAAAUCAGGAUCAGGGCAAAUAUAGCCAAAUUCUGUAUUCUCUCAUCCAGCAGGGUCUGUUGCAGCUUUUGGAAGCACAAGUUGUCGUUCGUUGCCGUGCAGCUGAUAAGGGACUAGUCGAACGUCUCAUUGGUGGAGCCCAAGCCGAGUAUAAGCAGAAAACUGGCAAGGAGGUUGUUGUCAAAGUGGACCCCGACAAUUCCUUGCCUGCCAACAGCUGUGGAGGAGUCAUCCUUCUUGCUCAGCGUGGCCGCAUCAAGAUCGUCAACACCCUGGAGGCCCGUCUUGAGCUGAUUGCCAAUCAGUUCGUUCCUGAGAUCAGGGUGGCUCUCUUCGGGCGCAACCCCAACAGGAAGUUCACCGACUAAGUCAACGAUUUUGCCCAUGUUUCAUGUGAAAAAAAAAUUCUGUUGAAGCUAGUGUACAAUAAUGCAUUCCACAUAUAUAGUAUCUUUUUUUGUUAAAAUAAUAGAUAUACCAUAAUUAUGUACAUACAUGUACCAUUCUGAUGUAAAAUUCUGAAAGCUCAUAUUAUACGCUCUCAUGCGAAAAUGUUGCAGAGAAGUCCUCCUUAGUAUUACGAGAACCACUUCACAAAGGUUCUUUUCAAUUAUUUUGGUUAAAGUUUUUAUUGUUUGUUCAAAGUUUAAACUGAAUUGGCUGAUCCAAUAUUGUAAUGAGUCCAAUUAAAAAAAAUAAUGUUACAAAUACUAUCUGGAAUAAAAGUUGCUGAAUUGUUGUCCAAAUUGAAA